UUGUCGAGCAAUUGGAACGGCAGACGAGAAACGACCAGAAAAGCAGGAAAAUCUAAGCUUAAAACAAGAAAAAGCUGAGUUCUCACAUAAUGGCGGGAAAUGAAUUGUUCAAACCGACGAAUCUGGGUGCAAAGCACAAUCAGUUCAUCUGCCCCAUUGUCUACAAAAAUGAGAUGCCCGAAUUAUCGCUGGGUUGCAAAUAUCUGCCCUGUGGCAAGGAUUUGCUGGCUUCCACUAUGGAGCCAGUUUCAUUCUUGAAACAGGAAACAAAAUUCGAGCAUCAUUUCAAAGGACUUCAUCUGCUUUUCGAUGUUAAUUUGGUGGAUCAGAAAGUUUACGACAAGAAGCCAACGAAUCGGGCACAGCAAAUGGAUCCAAGGGAUGCAGCUCUACUGGUGGAUAUAGAAGCCCUGAACUGUGGCAGCAGCAAGCCCAGACCAAGUCGCGCCCAGGAAUGCGCUCAGAUGUUUGCCAAAGAGAGAGCCCAAAUACCACGUCCUCGUCUAGGAUUACAGCGUCCUAUUCCGGAAGCCAAGUCUAUAAAAAUCAUCGAACCAGUCAGCCUAGAGCAACAAAAGAACAUUAUUGGUAGAACCUUUGUGGACGUAACGAAGCCACUUUUAAAGCAUCCCACCAAACCUGGUAGCAAAGCUCAUCCAGUCUCUGUUCUACCAGUAUUACCCGAUAUAGAUUUACUAAACUAUAACUUUGUCCAACUUCAGUUUGAUAUUCCACCCAAUGAUACCAACAAUUUAAUCAGAGAUUGUGGCAAUUAUAUGCUAAACUUCAGUGUCAUCAAAGACCCUAAGAGAAUGGCAAAUACAGUUUAUGUCUCAGAUCAGCGUUAUAAAGAGGAGAAAAUUCCCGAGACUUCAGAUCGCGGUGAGCGUUUCAUUCUUCGUGAAAGAAUUGGCGCCCUCUACUAUGUAAGUGUAGAGAAACACAUCAAAUUGAAAAGAGAACGUCCAGGUCCUCAGACCAUGGCCAACAAGUGCCUGCUGCAGGUCAAACGCGUUCCAAUGGUGAAAGAGUAGGAUGAUAGGCAGGAUGAGUUGGGAAACUGCUGGCCAACAUCGGAUGAGUGAAAUUGCCUCCAUUGAGAAAACAACUGCCCAGCGAUAAAAUCAAGCUCUAACAAAAUUUAUAUGAAAUUCUGGCAAAUUGAAAGAAAUUUUAUCUACAAAAUAUCUUCAAAAUAUUC